AUGCCGGAGAUGCCACACACACAAAAUAAAAUGCACUGGUGGCCAGCCAUGUCUGAAAUGUCGGCAGGCUGGUUGUCCUACCGAAUGCCACUAUGUCAAUCGAGAUCGUCAAGUGAAAGUGCACGAGAGGUAUGCUCCACCAGGCUUGGCUUGCUCCGUUGCAAGGCUAAAUAUUCAACUAGUUAUCUCGAGGGCCUGGCUGCAGAGAACCAGCGCCUUCGUGAUCAGUUAUCCCAGUCACCUAGCUUUCUUACGCCGAGAGAACAUCAAGCCCACGAUGAAGAUGCACCUGAACCAGAUGCAGAUACACAUGUUCGGAAUCCAAUGCUGGGUGAGCGGGCAUGGUUCCUACCAUACGACCCUUCAUUACCACCAAUCCACGUCUGUGAAGCAGCAUGCACGGCAUUCGCCACCAGGCUCCGAAAGAUUCUUACUAAGAGCGAGACCACAUCACACAUGCCACGGACGCAAUACACAACAGAGGCUACCUUGAUGAAAAUACGCAAUCCUGCAAUCGAAUGGCCGAGCCUGCCAAAGGCUCGGCUUUUGCUUCAGAUUGUGUUCAGUCAGGUGACGCGGGUGUACCAUCUGGUUCUUCGCAAGUCGACUAUUGACCAGCUCGAAGAUAUCUACCGCAAGGGCAAAUUCGACGAUCCCGUGUUAACAUGUAAGUUCUUUUCUCUUUUCGCUCUGGGAGAAGUAUAUUCGGCGCGAUCCACCCCGAGCUUUGAAUGCAACGUCCCCGGCGUGGCUUAUUAUGUCAAUGCGAUCACGAUGAUACCCAUCUUGCCGGAACGACCAAGUCUGGCACAUAUUGAAACCCUUUUAAUUUUGUCACUAUAUUCGUUUUUCUUGAACCGGCGCCAUUCGGCAUUUCUGUUGGUCGGCAGCGCUAUGCGUCUAGGCUUGACUGUGGGUCUGAAUCACAAUAUCCCAGAAAGCAAGUGCCCAGACCCUAUUGAGCGUCAGCAUCGGAUCAGACUAUGGUGGGCAAUUUAUGUGUUCGACCGAAUGUACGGCUCGAAAGUCGGCUGGCCAAUUCAAAUUUCCGACGCCGACAUUUACGUUGAAAUGCCAUCAAAGGUCCCUGAUGACAUCCACGACGAUCAUACCUCUGACACUGAAUACCUCAUCGCCAGUAUUGAGUUGGCCAAGAUCACAGGUCAAGUCAUUGACCAUGUGUACAGCCGAAAGAAGUUCCCAGAGUCCUUCUUGCAGCGGGAGCAAAAGUUGCUCAUCUCUCUCAAAAAGUGGUCCGGUGCUCUUCCUCCGCAGAUUCGGCUGAACCGCGACGGCCUCGUUCCGAAGAAUGUUGUAUCGCUUCAUCUUCAAUUCAACCAGUGUAUAAUGCUAGCUAGUCGGCCGAUUCUUCUACACACACUGAUCCAAGUUACAUCCCCGGAGACUACUCAAGAGGGUAGCUCCCAGCCAAACAUCCGCCAGACUUUGAAAACACUUAGCGAUGCGUGUAUUCACGCGGCAAGACAUACCCACUCGUUGAUCGUGGAAGAAUGGACUAACGGAUCACUCCCAAUCUUCGGAUAUUUCUAUGCUCACUAUCUGUUCUCCUCGGCACUUAUAAUGGUCAUUUCCAGUCUAGUAUACCCCGAGAAUAGCGAUGACUUUGCGUUAUUCGAGGCAGCUUGCGAAAUUCUCCGGGCGAUGAGCAAUCACGGAAAUCUUGCCGCAACGGAAUUUUACGAUAAUUUGGAAUGCGUGAAGCAGUGCUUGGAUGAGACGAGAGCGCCAGAGGGCGGUCAUUACCAGAGUGAUCCAUCUCGUGUUACAGAAACUAUGAAUGACUCGCUUGCUCCGGUCACCCCUAACCAGCUGGGACCUUUUGGAAACACCACUGUCUCUGGUAUUCCUGAAGCUACCGUACCGACAAACCCUGAAAACGACAUGGCCUUUCUAGGAGAAAGCAUGGAAGAGUUCCUGGCCCAGCCGGAUCUUGAUUUCGACUUGCUCGACCCCUCUGUUACUGAUGCUGUAUACUCAUGGCCAAACCUUUCUUUGUGGAGCACAUGA